AUGGCAGACGCUGCGGCUAGAGGUGCUGCUGCCCUCACAUCCUCAGACUUCUCUCUGGCUGUCUCCGAAUACACAAAAGCCCUGAUUGAAAUCCCCACCUCCCCGGACUUCUAUGUCCAAAGAUCCAUUGCCUUUACCCGCGUCAAACCCGCCCAGCAUGAGCUCGCCCUCAAAGACGCAGAUUUUGCUGUUGUUUGUGCUCACAAACGUGGCUCACGUGAGAAGAUUCAGGCUGCACAACAGCGACGCGUCGUCUCUCUCUACAAUGUUGGACAAUACUCAAAUGCAAAGUUCGUUUUGUCCACCAUGCUAGGCUGGAGACCUAAAGACAAUAAAGCCGCAAAGAUGGAAGGCGAUAUGUGGAGCGCAAAGAUUGAGUCAAAAUUGAACACACUCUCGGAACCACAGCAGGUCACAGCAAAAGAAUAUCCAAACAUCAAAAUCCCCACUGAAGCCGAAUUGAAGGCUCAACUCACAAGACAACUGAAAGCUGAUGGAUCUUAUAAUUACCCCGAAGACAUUUCCUCAGUCACGACUCAAUCUCAACUCUCAUCUACGGCCCCAGACACCAUGGCUCAAGGACAGUCAUUGGCCGCUUCACCCACCGCUACAGUCACAAAGCUCCGUCACGAAUGGUAUCAGGACAACCAGAACAUCACAUUGACCUUGUAUGUCAAAGGUGUUCCAAAAGACAAAACCGACGGGAUCGAGAUCAACAAUGACUCUGUUUACGUUUCACUUCCAAAUCCUUCCAACCCUGACUCAACCAUUCAAUUCUCACUUGCUCCAUUGUUCGCCCUCAUCGACUCAUCGCAGAGCAGAGCUACCAUUAUGUCAACGAAAAUUGAGAUCACUCUUAGGAAAGCAUCUCCUGGACUGAAGUGGCAUACCCUUGAAGGCACUGAGGUAUUGAAGACCUCACUUGACAAGAACGGGCUCCCCAGAUCAUCAAGUACAGCAGAGGCAGUACAGGCAGCAAGAGCUUUUGCAAGUCUCAGUCCUGCAGCAUCAGUCAUAAAACAAGAGAAAGCUCCAUCCUAUCCAACUUCAUCUCGAAAUGGUCCAAAGAAUUGGGAUAAACUCGCUGAUGACCUGCAUGCGAAGACAAAGGCUAAGAAAUCCAAAAUCAAGACCGAGUCCAAUUCUGGCGACGACAACGACAAGCAAGGAACGAAUUCUGCAGCGGGAUCCGAUGGUGAAGAUAUCGACUCAGACUUUGAUAAUGGUGAUGCUGUUGACGGAUUCUUCAAGAAACUCUACGCAGGAGCAGAUGACGAUACUCGCCGUGCAAUGAUGAAGUCCUUCUCCGAGAGCAAUGGCACCUCAUUGAGCACCAACUGGAGUGAAGUCGGAAAGGGCCGUGUCGAAGAAGUCAAGUCCAAGGACGACUAG